AUGACCCCCGUGAAAUCGGGUACAGGCGGAGCCCGGGACUGCGACCACUGGCACGCGGGCGCAGGCUUCGUGACCGCGCACGUCGCCAUCACUCUCAUGUACGAGCAGGCGUUGCAGGCGGUGAACCCGUCCAUCGCGCUACCCUACUGGGAC